UCUUGCCGCUUGUGCGGCAACUCUGCGUAACUUUUGUCAAGAAUGAUUGCGCAGUAGUUCGCUUCAAGUUUUUGGAAACUGUGCAGUGGUUUGCGUUGCUUGUUUUUAACAAAAGCUGGAUUGAAAUGGAUGCCAGACUCGGAUAAGGCAGCAGUCACUUCAUUUUUAGAAAUGCUUGUCCACAAUCUUAUCCCGUCGCAGCAAUGCUGUAUUCUAGUAUGAGUUUGAAGAAGUUUUCUUGAACGUAUCGUUUGAAGAGUUGGUCAUGGUCAAAUAAUUCCGAAUUUUAUUGGCACGAUGUUCCGCGUGAUGCAAAUCUUGGGACAUUUGCAAGACAGUGGCCGAGGAAACAGGGCGGUAGAGUGUGAGUGCGGAUGCAAUCUGUAUCUGAUCGAAUUGGAGGUUCGGCUGUAGCGUGAGGGAUGGGCAAUGCGUUAGGCGGGACGGCGCAAGUUCUGGCGUCGGAGUAUUAUCUGCACGACCUGGUAGCUUCCUACAGCUCUGUGUCGAAGAGAUCUCUAGUAGGUGGUAGAGUCCGACAUAUCUCGCCAGUUCCAGGAACUUUAAGCAGCUGCUGUAAACUUAAUGGCACUGUUGGCGGGGGUGAUGAGAACCUUGCUGUAGAAAGUACCGGGGUAAUAACCAUCAAGACAGGAGCUACAGUCGCUGUCGCUAAAAUUCUUAAUGAGCGACAAGAAGAGGCCAUGAGAGAAGCUUUGGCCGUCUUCAUGGAUAAUAAUCAUAACCCCAAAGUUCCAAACCAUCUACGAGUAAAGAAGGUGAGGUUUAGAGAACAAUUUCUUGAAGAUAAGGGGGAGAUGAAGCAUAGGGACGACAUGGAAGACCGAAGUGUGAAGUCUAUAGAGAUUCCUGGAAGAAAGAAGGGUGUGGAAAGUGAAGUGGAGCGACGAGGAAAGCAUGUACGCUCCGCAGAGGUUCUUCAGGGCGGAACUGGACAGGAGCUAGGAGAGAAUGCAGGUAAUCUUCAAGGGAAGAAGGGUGCUAGAAAUCAGUACGCAGUUAGCAAAACAGGUGGCUACGACAGAGAAAACGUAGAUGCGACCGGGGUCGCAAGCCAAAUUUCUUUUGGGAGAUCAAAGUUUAAAAGGGAUGUGGGUGAAUAUUCUGCACAGGAGAUUAUUGAGCGUGCUGAAUCACUGAUUUUAGACACGUCUGUCGAUGAUCAGAGGGAUGCAUCAAUCGCGAUGAACUUACUUGAGAAGAAAUGGCUGAAGCUCUUCUCAAGUGCACAGCAAGUGAAGUCCACAGGGUCUGACAGAGUUAAGCUAGUUUUGCAGCUUCUGGACAUGAUGUACGAAAGCGAGAUAAGAAUGAAUGCGAUUCACGUCUGCGUUGCGGUCACUGUUUGUGUGAACGAAAAGGCGCUGGAUAUAGCAAAGAAAGUAAUAGAUAGAGCUCGCUCCUAUAACAGGGCAUUAGUCAACGUGUUUGUAUAUGCAAAGCUUUUGCAGGGUUAUUGCUCUUCGAAUCAACGGAAGGAAGCAUUUGCGCUACUUACUAAGUUAGAUGCGGAAGGAUUGAAGCACGAUGUUGUCAUGUACAACACCCUCAUCGAAACUGAGCAAAGUCCUGAAGGUGUUGAAAUCCUUUGGAGAGAACUGGAGAUCCGUGGUAUUCAGCCCAAUGAACGAACCUACUGUGGCGCAAUUAGAUGUUAUGGGCGGGCUGGCCAGCUUGGUGCCGUUCGUAGACUCUGGCACGAAAUGACUACAAAGAAUGUGUCCUUUACGAUGUUCACUUUCAACUCUCUUCUUGAUGCAUAUGCUAAUGUAGGGGACGUGGAUGCCUGCAAGAUCAUCAUAAAUGAGAUGGAAUCUCAAAAACUAAAACCGUCUCGAGAUAGUUACAACACACUUUUGAAAGCACAUGCACGAUGCCGUGAUUCUGAUGGUGCUGUAGGAGUCUUGAGAAACAUGCAGCGCAGAGGUAUUAAGCCUUGUAUAAUAACAUAUAAUACAGCAAUGGAUGCCUGCAUACGAGGGCGUGAUAUGCUUAGAGCGAUUGGUCUUGCUAAGGAGUUGCCUCUCCACCAACUAAAGCCAGAUGAAACAACAUCAGCCACUUUACUACGAUCGGCAGGAUUACUUCGGGAUACAGCUUUGGUGCGUAAAGUGCUGCAAGAUAUGGUGUAUUCUGGUUGUUCACACGAUGAAACUACCUAUCGCUGCGCUGUGUAUGCAUAUGUUCAUUGUGGAGAAGGAGGUUUGGCGCUUGAAAUGCUCGAAAAGAUGACAACUGCAGGAUUUCCUCCUGCUAUGACAGUCUCCGAGGUUCUUGUGAAGAGCGUAGACGCCGCCCUUUUAAGAGAGUGUACAGCUGCUGCACCUGCUGGAAAACUGAAUCAAUUCUUGGCUGCCAUGGCGGCAGCUGGAUUGUCCCCAACUAGGGCAACCGCUGGGGCUAUGGUCAGGAAGUUGGCUCAUACCCCAGGCGUUGAUGUGGCUCUUGAUGUGGCUGACGAGCUCCGCCGAGGAGGAAUUAAUGGUCUUGGCUUGCAUACUUGGCAAUCAGUUAUCGCUGUAUCUGUUAGACGAGUGGAACAAAACCCUGCCCAGGCAUCUGCUGAAGUCAUCCGUAUACUAGAUGCUAUGGAAUCUGAUGGAACUGUUCCAGACAGGGUGAUCUACGAAUCUGCCCUUUCAGUCUUUGUAAAGUGCGGUGAUGGUGGGCGAGCUAUCAAUUUGUAUGAAAAGAUGAGACUUGCAAACCUUUCACCUUCAGCGAAAGAGGAUGGCAAGGAUCCUUUAAAAAGAAUGCUUUUGGACACCAUGGAUGCUGCUCUUCUUGGAGCUCUUAUCGCGGGACUUGAAGCCACAAGAGUGGAUGGUGUGCAAGGUGACAAAUCCGCUGUUCAUUCUUCUCUAACAAGCACAGCUUCAAUUGUUCAAGACUUGGCCGACGCUGGUAUUCGAGUGAAACCUGGGGCCAUGACGAAAGCAAUACGCCAGCUUUGCGCUGAUGUUCAUACUCCAGUGCAAACACUUGAGGAUACUAAAGCUUUGGCUGUGCGUAAGCCAACAGGUGGUAGACCCCCACGUCAAAUAAACGUAGAGGGUUUGGCUCAAGCAGAAAGGUUUCAACGUCUUGAAAGGGCAAUACAAUCGGUUGAAGCGUCCAAUUGCCUAUUUGGUAUGCAGGCAACAAGUUUUGUGUAUGGAGCACUUAUGGAGGCUUGCAUCCGGCUUCAGAAGGGAGAGCGAGUGGAGACUCUUUGGCACCGCAUGAGAUUAGCAGGCGUUACCCCAGAUUUGAGAACAUGGGUGUUGCGUGUGCAAGCCUUGGCUAGUGCUGGUAACUUUCAAGGGCGCACUUCGGAGCUGUUGAACGAAGCAGCGAAAGAUCAAUUUGAGCAUCAUUCUGUUUUGCUCAGGGCAAUGCUCAAAGCAUGUCAUCAAGUGAAAGACAUGGCAGGCGUAGCUCACGUUAAGCGGAUAUUGAAUUCAAAACGUCUGAGUCAAUCCAUUUCAAGCACCGAUUUUACAACGAUUGAUGAUCCAGCUCAAGAUUAACCAUGAUCUUCAUUUUCAUUCCAACAUGUGGGCUUAGAGGGUUCAAUUUGGCAGAAGUGCGCUUGUAAUAUAUUCUUAAUUGGCAACCUAAAAGAUAUAUAAUCGAAGCAUUUGAGAUCCUUCACCGCACGCUGUGAUCUUCAGCAAGGUAAAUCACAGAGAUUUAAGGAUUUGAUGCUUUCCUCAAAUCUGACAAGCAAUGACCUGCCCGCUUCAUAUCAUGGAAACUCAUAUUCGUUGAAUUGUAACUAUAUCCAUCAAUAGUUCGAAAUGAAGUGCGGAGUUCAUUUCAAACUAUUGAUGAAUAUAUUUUGAUUUCGUGAAAUCAAAAUUUUAUAUUGAAUACGUCGUUCCAAUCA